CAUUAUCAAAAACUAUCAAGUUUUUGAGGAAGAAAAAAAAAAAUAUAUAUAUAUAUAUAUUAUUACUAUUACUAUUAAGACUAUUAUGGGAUCUCAAACAGAGAUGAAGGUUCCUGUUAUAGAUUUGACUAAAGAGAACUUGAAGCCUGGAACAGAUUCAUGGAUCUCUGCGUGCAAACAAGUCCGGUAUGCGUUCGAGGAAUACGGCUGCGUUGAAGUUGUCUAUGACAAAGUUUCCAUGGAACUUGGCAGCUCCAUGUUUGCCGUGGUUGAUGAUUUGUUUAAUCUUCCAAUAGAAACUAAAAUGCAGAAUACCAGUGAUAGGCCAUACCAUAGCUAUUUUGGGCGGUAUUCCUUCAUUCCUCUCUAUGAAUCCUUGGGAAUUGAUAAUCCUACUACUUUAGAAGGUGCUCAACAUUUUACCAACAUCAUGUGGCCUCAAGGGAAUGAUCAUUUUCGAGAGACUGUUCAGACCUACUCAAAGCUGGUGGCGGAAAUCAAUGGAACUGUGACAAGAAUGCUGUUUGAUAGCUAUGGUGUGGAGAGGCUAUGCGAGUCUCACAUGGAAUGGAACAGUUAUCUUCUCCGAUGUUUCAGAUACAGAACACGUCGUCCCGACGAACCUGAUCUCGGAUUAUGGUCUCACACUGACAGGACCUUCAUUUCCACACUCCAUCAGAACCAAAUUAGUGGUUUACAAAUUAAAACAAAGGACGGUCAGUGGAUCGAUGUGGAACCCUCUGGUUCAUCGUUUCUAGUCUUGGCUGGUGAUGUUUUGAUGGCCUGGAGUAAUGACAGGAUACCUUCUUGUGAUCACCGAGUGAUAAUGAAAGAGAACAAAAUCAGAUACUCGUUGGGACUGUUCUCAUUCAACAAUGGGCUUAUAAAAGUACCUGAAGAGCUGGUGGAUGACCAAUUCCCAUUAAGAUAUAAACCAUUUAAUAACUUCGACUACCUUCGAUUCACUCAAGCUGAAGAAUCAAAAAAGUAUGGAUGUGCUAUUAAAGCCUACUGUGGUGUUUGAACUUGGUUUUCAUAUGCAUUGAGCCGUCUGCUACUUAGUUAUCUAGCUCCUGAAUAAUAUAAUAAUAAUUGUAAUAAUAAAAUCAUAAUAAUAGUAUGUAAAUGUCUCUAAGUUCUCGUUUAA